AUGUUGGAAGCAAUGGAAAGUUCCGUGAACGGUGGUUUCUCGCAACAUUUACAAAGCUUCGGUGAUAGCAGUGAAGAAGAACUCUCAAUUCUUCCACAUCACACCAAAGUCGUGGUAACUGGAAACAAUCACACCAAAUCAGUACUCGUUGGUAUUCAUGGUGUUGUCAAGAAAGCUGUUAGACUUGGAGAUUGGCAUUGGCUGGUUCUUACCAAUGGUAUUGAAGUGAAGCUGCAGAGCAAUGCUCUUAGUGUGACUGAACUACCUGCCGGCAACGAGGUAGAUGAUGACCUUGAAUACUCAGUUCAAUCUGGUGGAUGCUAUUCCAAACCCAUCCAAAGAGAAACUGGUAGAUUUUGUUCAAGAAGCAUUUCAUGUCGCAGCAAAUGGAUGAGUAGCAAGUUAUUUGAGGAUUUGCCAAAGCUGCAAAAAGGUUGA